CGACAUCACCCCUUUUAGGAACUUUGUUUUGAAUCACCACACCUUCAUUCUUUAACGGCCGGAUAUUUCUAGUUCUGUCAAUCUUUUAAUCUGAGUUGAUCAUGAGCAUGAAAUGGUGGCCGUUUGGCGGCUACAAGGUCUCGUCUGAGGAUAUUGAGCCUUCGCACCCGUACUACCCCCUCGGCGUCUAUAUUCCAGCAUACGCCCCGAAUGAGUUUCCCGUCUAUGUACUUCUGUCGGCCCUAGUUGGCAUGCUAGGAUUUGCCGUUUUAGGUGCUUCCGCCGUGGCAUUGAAAUUCAACCCGAAGUUGACUAGGUCUAACCUGGCAGUGUUCUGCUGGUUUGUGAUGAAUGGCUGUCUGCAUUGCUUCUUUGAAGGAUAUUUUGUAAUAAACCACGACACCGUCGCCUCGUCACAGAAUUUGUUCGCGCAACUAUGGAAGGAGUACGCUUUGUCUGAUUCGCGAUACCUGACUUCCGAUUGCUUCAUGCUCAGCGUUGAGAGUAUCACAGCACUCGUCUGGGGACCUCUCUGCUUCGCUAACGCUGUAUCCAUCGUCCGAGGCAGUCCCUAUCGGCAUGUGCUCCGCAUCAUCAUUUGCAUGGCGCAUAUCUAUGGUGUCGCGCUAUACUAUUCCACGAGCUUGUGCCAGGAAUACAUGACGGACCUGUCUCACAGUAGACCCGAGUUCCUAUACUUUUGGGUCUACUAUGUUGGGUUUAAUUUACCUUGGGCCAUCAUCCCAUCAAUCCUCAUAUACGAUAGCACCAAGACUAUUACCAAGGCAAUAAGAACCUUAGACAGGGUAGACAGUACACUGAAAACACAUCGGCAGAAACAGGAUGGGAAAAGGGGGGCGAUUGAGUCAAGAAAGACCAAGUAGCCGCAUGAUUAUAGGCUACUAGUAGAUUGUACGUGAGGGGGUUUUCUCUCCUAUUCAGAGAUCACUUCAUACAUACAUUAUAGUUCUCAUGAGCUAUUCGUCUAGUCUACUUAUAUUGGACAGACUAGAAAGUGCAACUUAUUUCUAUAGAUUAGCUUCUUCAUACUUGUGUAAUGGAUUUCAUUAGGCAAGCCCAUACAGAGACCACCGGCCUAUCCGAACUCCUAUACGAAGUAACCAAUGAGCUAUCAUUAGCGUAUAUAUGUGUGACUUUAAGAAUGGCAUCAGUAGUCUCACAACCUGACAAAUAGAAAAAAGGUAGAGGUUCCUUCUUUUAAUCCCUGGAG